GACGUAUAUAAAUGCGCAGAUGAAAACAAGGGGCGUCUAUUCCGCCAUAUUGAAUUACUAAGCGAAUAGAGGGGGAUAUUACAGCUUCAAUCCGACUGUUAUCCGAGGAAUCCUCUGCUGGGAUCUGCAAUUUCUGAAAUCUAUGAGCAGACUGAGGAAAUAUUAAGUGUGUUGUCGUGUGAUUUUACCAGACAAUUGUUGGUAAUAUUGUAAUUAACUUGUUGAGUCGAGUCUUCCGUUGUUUCCGGAAGUCGUAAAAUGGGGACGAAGGACGACGAAUAUGAUUACUUAUUUAAAGUUGUUCUGAUUGGUGACAGUGGUGUGGGUAAAAGUAAUCUCCUGUCCAGAUUCACCAGAAAUGAAUUUAACCUUGAAAGUAAAAGCACGAUAGGGGUGGAGUUUGCUACCAGGAGUAUACAGGUGGAUGGAAAGACAAUCAAAGCACAGAUCUGGGAUACAGCAGGGCAGGAGCGGUACCGCGCCAUCACUAGCGCAUAUUACCGGGGAGCAGUAGGGGCUCUGCUGGUGUACGACAUUGCCAAGCACCUCACGUACGAAAAUGUGGAACGCUGGCUGAAGGAGUUAAGGGACCAUGCCGACAAUAACAUAGUUAUAAUGUUAGUGGGAAACAAAAGUGAUCUACGACAUUUACGUGCAGUGCCCACGGACGAGGCACGAGCUUUCGCAGAGAAGAAUAACCUGUCUUUCAUUGAAACUUCGGCUCUGGAUUCCACUAAUGUAGAAACGGCAUUUCAGAAUAUUUUAACAGAAAUUUACAAAAUCGUCUCUCAGAAGCAGAUUCGGGAUAGCCCAGAUGAUGACAACUCCCCUAGUAACAAUGUACAAACAAUUCAUGUGGCCCCUACUGAUAACAAUGCCCCGCGACAACAAAAGUGCUGCAACGUCUGAGGGCCCACCACCAGCUAAAGAAAAUAUUGUAGACCAGCAAGAGGAGACAACUCACUUCAGCAUCAAAUAUUGUCAACAACGCCCAGAAUGAAAUAUUAUUACAUAUCAUGUACCACUGCUCUGUAGGGUUUCCACUGUGGAGGCAGAAUUAAGAAUGGUGUUGUGCUUUGAGCACCCUGUAUCUGUUUUGACUUUGUUUACCAAACUUUUAACAUUACGGUUUGUAUAUAUAUGCCCCUCCAAUAUGUCUAUAAUCAGAAGAAGGCACAGGCUAAUAUGUUUCUUUUUUCUUGCUAUGUAAUAUGUGAUCGUUCCUUAUUAUGCUUUAAAUUAUGUGCAUGCAUGUAAUUUUGAUGAUUAGAAAUGAUUGAUCCAAGUUUAUGUAGUUGCAUACAGUGGUGAAAUGGAUUUAAUCGUGAGUUUGAUUUUUCAGUUGUUUUUUUUUGUAACGGAAACCACUCGUAUGUGUUGACUUUCCAUGUAUUCACGAAAAGUUUACCUUUAUACAAAACAAGGCCAGUGGUUAUUUUUAGUAAGGAAUGUAUCGCUUUGCGUAAAGUCUGCCAAUGAAAUUGGUGGAAAUUGAAUAUUUCUCUGGAAAUAUUGCCAGCAUCACAGCGUAGAGAAAGCUGCCAUACAGUGUAUUUGUUGGUUAACCUGUAUGUUUUUGUUGACUUAUUUACAGUUAAGAAGGGAUAGUGCAAACUGAUGAUGUUUGUUGGAUUGGAAUCAGUCUGUGACCACACACUUUAGAAGUUUAGAACCAGGGAAAAAACUUUUCAUCUUGUGUCGAAAUGCUCAUCUGUCUUAAAACUCAGUAAUAUUCGUGUGUAUAUUUACACUCGUGUUUUGCAUUGUAAGUUAAAAUUUUCCAUGUUUGGUGUAAUUUCUAUUUAUAAAGAAAAUGUAUGCAAGGAUAGUUAACAAUGUAAGAGUUACUUCCCUUUUUGAGGAAUUGCCAAUCAGAAAGCUGUACGGUCAAAGACUGUUUCCAAUGAAAUGUUAUAACUUGUACAUACCUGUAAUUGUGUAUAGAUUUUUUGAGUGGACCUGUAUAUGGUAUGUUCACAAUGCUGAUGCUGAAUUGAGGCUUGUUCCCUCGUUUUUCUUUGAACAUUAAUUACACAAGACAUCAAGAAGAAGCUUUAUCCUGUCCGUCUCUUAUAGAUAUAUAAAAGGUGGACAGUUUAUUUAGCAUUGUCUGUCAGGGGUUAGAGCAACACUAUAACAUUUUGAAAUCGGGGAAAGUUUUUCUUUUUCCUUUUUGCUGUUGUCGAUACUUGAAGAAUUUUGUUAAUGAUUUUAGUUCGUCGAUCAAGUAGAGUGAGAACAAAAUCUGAAAUUGGUGCAACAUAGUACUGGUAUUUAAAGUUUCUGAGACCAGGAGAUGUGGGAAAAAAUCUGGCUUGGUCAACAGAAUUUCAUAUAAUUAAACUCUAGGAAAAUUUUCGUCAUAGCUCUGAAAUGAUUCACUAGAAGUUGUUGCACAUUUUAUAUUUUAGCUGGAAAAUGUUGAUAGAAAUGUUAUGUCAAGCAAACGGAACCUGUAGUUCAUCAAACAGCAAGAAGGAAGGGAAAACCCCUCCGAAGGUGUUAUUAAAUAUUAGAGGGAUCAUUGAGUACAUGAAUCAACGGUGGCUUCAACAAAAGUGCUAUUUCCCGAUACUGGUGUUGAGGCCGUAUUUAUUUUUCUGUUUUAUAAAUACGUAUAUAUACACGCUGUGGUAUAACGAACAAGAUAUAUCAGUUGUUACGUCCUGAUGCGACGAGGAGUUUUGUCUACUGUGGUAUUUUUCUUACUAUUAAUUUAAAAAGUGUGUCCAAGAGACAAGGCUUUUGAACAGAGAUUAACAGAAAGUUCUGUUGACUUUUGAGGGAUUGGUCAAUGGUAGAAGAUUGCUGUAAAUUAUAUAAAUAGAAAGUUGAGGGGGGGGGGGGUGUUCGAUGAUGGUGGAUGAUCUUAGUUCAUUAAAUUUAAAUCUGACACACUUUGAAAAUGAAAUGUAAUGAAAUACAAGUGAUGAAAUAAAUAUAUAUAUAACAAUUCUUGAUAUAAAUGUAUUUUUAAAAAUGUACCGACUUAUCAAACCUAAGUUAGAUUUUUAAACUCAUUCCAGUUAUUUUGUCAUAUGAAUCUUUCUUUGUCAAGAAUUCUACCGCAUGCCUUGUGUAUUGUGGCAUUUUGAGAGUGUCUGUAUGGGGAUCACUUGGCUGAAGAAUUUAUUACAUGUGUGACACGAAUGCGAGAGGAUUAUUCAAACAUUGAAAUAAACAUGUAAAAUAUGA